AUGAGCCGAGAUAGCUCAUCGGAGUGGGGCGGCGGCUUAUUUCCCUGGGGUGUGCUGUGGCUGAGCUACGACCAGCCCCCGCCACGCACGCCUGUCUGCAGGGAGAAUAUACUGCGCGCCUCCCUUCCCCGUCGCCGGUUGAAGCCCGCCUUCUCCAACCCGUUGCCAAAAGUCUCCAACCCGUUGCCAAAAGUCUCCAACCCGUUGCCAAAAGUCUCCAACCCGUUGCCAAAAGUCUCCAACCCGUUGCCAAAAGUCUCCAACCCGUUGCCAAAAGUCUCCAACCCGUUGCCAAAAGUCUCCAACCCGUUGCCAAAAGUCUCCAACCCGUUGCCAAAAGUCUCCAACCCGUUGCCAAAAGUCUCCAACCCGUUGCCAAAAGUCUCCAACCCGUUGCCAAAAGUCUCCAACCCGUUGCCAAAAGUCUCCAACCCGUUGCCAAAAGUCUCCAACCCGUUUCCAAAAGUCUCCAACCCGUUGCCAAAAGUCUCCAACCCGUUUCCAAAAGUCUCCAACCCGUUGCCAAAAGUCUCCAACCCGUUGCCAAAAGUCUCCAACCCGUUGCCAAAAGUCUCCAACCCGUUGCCAAAAGUCUCCAACCCGUUGCCAAAAGUCUCCAACCCGUUGCCAAAAGUCUCCAACCCGUUGCCAAAAGUCUCCAACCCGUUGCCAAAAGUCUCCAACCCGUUGCCAAAAGUCUCCAACCCGUUGCCAAAAGUCUCCAACCCGUUGCCAAAAGUCUCCAACCCGUUGCCAAAAGUCUCCAACCCGUUGCCAAAAGUCUCCAACCCGUUGCCAAAAGUCUCCAACCCGUUGCCAAAAGUCUCCAACCCGUUGCCAAAAGUCUCCAACCCGUUGCCAAAAGUCUCCAACCCGUUGCCAAAAGUCUCCAACCCGUUGCCAAAAGUCUCCAACCCGUUUCCAAAAGUCUCCAACCCGUUUCCAAAAGUCUCCAACCCGUUUCCAAAAGUCUCCAACCCGUUUCCAAAAGUCUCCAACCCGUUUCCAAAAGUCUCCAACCCGUUUCCAAAAGUCUCCAACCCGUUUCCAAAAGUCUCCAACCCGUUUCCAAAAGUCUCCAACCCGUUUCCAAAAGUCUCCAACCCGUUUCCAAAAGUCUCCAACCCGUUUCCAAAAGUCUCCAACCCGUUUCCAAAAGUCUCCAACCCGUUUCCAAAAGUCUCCAACCCGUUUCCAAAAGUCUCCAACCCGUUUCCAAAAGUCUCCAACCCGUUUCCAAAAGUCUCCAACCCGUUUCCAAAAGUCUCCAACCCGUUUCCAAAAGUCUCCAACCCGUUUCCAAAAGUCUCCAACCCGUUUCCAAAAGUCUCCAACCCGUUUCCAAAAGUCUCCAACCCGUUUCCAAAAGUCUCCAACCCGUUUCCAAAAGUCUCCAACCCGUUUCCAAAAGUCUCCAACCCGUUUCCAAAAGUCUCCAACCCGUUUCCAAAAGUCUCCAACCCGUUUCCAAAAGUCUCCAACCCGUUUCCAAAAGUCUCCAACCCGUUUCCAAAAGUCUCCAACCCGUUUCCAAAAGUCUCCAACCCGUUUCCAAAAGUCUCCAACCCGUUUCCAAAAGUCUCCAACCCGUUUCCAAAAGUCUCCAACCCGUUUCCAAAAAUGCAAAUCAUCCUCUGUGAGUUCCUUGAUGACGAGUGCCGUUCUGUCAGAGCUUAA